UGAAGAUUGUGUUAAAUAAAAUGAUGUCUUGAAGUUGUUCUAUUUCUGUUCUUAUCAGUAUCAAUUUUGUUCUACAGAUUAUAUAAAAUGAAUCCACCAAAAGGUUUUCAGUUUGCUAUAGACAGAGGAGGUACAUUCACAGAUGUGUAUGCCCAUUGUCCCAAUGGCAAAGUGAGGGUUAUGAAAUUAUUGUCAGUUGAUCCUCAGAAUUAUGAUGAUGCACCAAGAGAAGCAAUAAGAAGAAUAUUACAAGAGGAAACAGGUAAUGCAUUGGAUAAAGAUGGGAAAGUGAAUUCAUCCUUAAUAGAAUCAAUAAGAAUGGGAACAACAGUUGCUACCAAUGCACUAUUGGAACGGAAGGGCACUAAAAUGGCGCUUGUAAUCAAUAAAGGAUUCAAAGAUUUACUUUAUAUUGGGAAUCAAGCUAGACCACAUAUAUUUCAUUUGAAUAUAAAACGUCCAGAAGUUUUAUAUCAAGAGGUCAUUGAAGUAGACUGUAGGGUGAUACCAGCUUUAGAUGAUCGCUGUCAAAUCGAUAAAUCCAAACAAAAUUGGAAGGAAGCUAUCGGGACUACGGGUCAGAAAAUGCUUGUUAUCAAAGAAGUGGAUGAAGAUGCAGUCAGACAAGAUCUGAAAAAGUUGAGAGAGAAAGGGAUAGAUAGUAUUGCUGUUGUGUUCGCACAUAGCUAUACUUACCACGAUCAUGAAGUUAAAGUUGGGAAAAUUGCAACUGAAUUGGGAUUUAAACAAGUAUCUCUGUCCCACUCGGUGACUUCAAUGGUCCGUGUAGUGCCGCGUGGGUUCACUGCGUGCGCGGACGCGUACCUCACUCCGCACAUACGGGAGUACGUUAGAGGUUUCGCUGAUGGAUUUACAAAUGGAUUAAAAGGAUCCAAUGUCCUUUUUAUGCAAUCUGAUGGUGGAUUGACACCUAUGAAUUUAUUCAAUGGAUCCAGAGCAAUAUUGUCAGGUCCUGCUGGAGGUGUGGUAGGUUAUGCGAUGACGUCAUACCAGAAAGAAACUGGGUUGCCAGUUAUAGGUUUCGAUAUGGGAGGUACAUCAACGGAUGUGUCAAGAUAUGCUGGUUCAUUGGAACAUGUGCAUGAAGCGACCACUGCUGGUGUGACUAUACAAGCUCCACAAUUGGAUAUAAACACAGUAGCAGCGGGCGGAGGUUCCAUGUUGUUCUUCCGGUCCGGUCUGCUGGUGGCGGGGCCCGAGUCCGCGGGGGCACAGCCAGGCCCCGCCUGCUACAGGAAGGGGGGCCCACUUACUGUCACUGAUGCCAAUCUCCUGCUCGGUCGUCUAUUACCAGAAUAUUUUCCUAAGAUUUUCGGUCCAAAUGAAAAUGAACCUUUAGAUAAAGAAGCAACUAUUGAAGCUUUCAAGAGAAUUACUGAUGAAAUAAAUUCAUUUUUAAAACAAGAUGGCGGGAAAGAGAUGAGUAUGGAAGAAGUUGCAAUGGGUUUUAUCGAUGUUGCAAACGAAACUAUGUGUCGUCCGAUACGUGCACUGACGACAGCGCGUGGUUACGACGCCAGUGCGCACGCGCUGGCAUGCUUCGGCGGUGCUGGCGGACAGCACGCGUGCGCAGUGGCACGCCAGCUCGGCAUAUCUACUGUACUGCUCCAUAAAUAUGCUGGUAUCCUAUCAGCGUAUGGCAUGGCGCUAGCACACGUGGUGCACGAGGCUCAGAAACCUUGCGCCGCGGUGUACUGUCCCGACCAGUAUGAACGUCUGGAUGACCAGCUGGAUGUGCUGGCUGCUGUCUGCAGGGACAAGCUGCGAGCUCAGGGCUUCGAUGACACCCAAAUAGUGUUAGAACCAUACCUCCACUUGAGGUACUCGGGUACAGACUGUGCGCUGAUGGUGGCCCCCAUCAUGGACCCCAGCUCCUCCACCGCCUGCAGGCAUGGAGACUUCUAUACUGCUUUUGUUCAUAGGUAUAAGAAUGAAUUUGGCUUCACUCUAGCAGACAGAGAUGUGAUUGUGGACGACGUGCGCGUGCGCGGUGUUGGUAUGAGUCAGUUUGCUGAACCAGUGGCGCCGCCCACUGGGAAAGGGGUUAAACUAAUCGCUGAAAAGACAGUGAAAGUUUACUUCGAAGGUGGAUAUGAGGACACAGAGAUACAUUUACUGGAUAAGCUGAUGCCGGAACAAAUAAUUCAAGGGCCAGCUAUUAUUAUGGAUAAUCUGUCAACUGUAUUGAUUGAACCAGGUUGUCACGCGGAGAUAACAAAGUAUGGAGACAUUCGUAUAACAAUAGGGUCGGGUUUGACAAAGAAAGUAACAGCAGAUCUGGAUUCAGUUCAAUUGAGUAUAUUCUCACAUAGAUUUAUGUCGAUCGCGGAACAGAUGGGAAGGGUGCUUCAACGUACGUCAAUAUCAGUAAAUAUAAAGGAACGAUUAGAUUUCUCAUGCGCGUUAUUCGGACCUGAUGGUGGGCUGGUUUCCAACGCACCUCAUAUUCCUGUACAUCUCGGAGCCAUGCAGGAAACUGUGCAGUAUCAGAUGAAAGUUAGAGGUGGCAGUAUGAAGCCGGGCGACGUGCUGUUGGCCAAUCAUCCCAAAGCGGGCGGAUCACAUUUGCCCGACUUAACUGUUAUUACGCCCGUUUUUCAUAAGUCUGCAAAUCCGAUAUUCUUCGUAGCAUCGCGCGGCCAUCACGCGGACAUUGGCGGGUUAACGCCGGGCUCCAUGCCGCCGCACUCCACACAUCUCGCACAAGAGGGCGCUGCAUUCAAAUCCUUCCUAUUAGUUGAUGGUGGACAUUUUAAUGAAGACAACUUAGUGGAUGAAUUAAUGGCUCCAGGCAAGGAGCCUGGUUGUUCUGGUACUAGGAACUUGGCGGACAACUUAUCAGAUUUAAAGGCUCAAGUUGCUGCUAAUCAAAGAGGCAUACAGCUGGUGUCAGAACUAAUAGACCAGUACGGUCUAGAUGUAGUGCAGGCUUACAUGGCGCAUAUACAGAAGAACGCAGAGCUGGCUGUCAGGGAUAUGCUUAAAGAUAUAGCAAAGAACGCUAUCAAGAAGACAGGGUCGGCAGUACUACAUGCUACAGAGUACAUGGACAAUGGCACACCUAUACAGCUCACUGUCACACUUGAUAAGGAUAAAGGAAGUGCUGUUUGUGAUUUCACUGGUACAGGGGUAGAAGUUUGGGGUAAUUUAAACGCUCCACGAGCGAUAACACUAUCAGCAUUGAUCUACUGCCUGCGCUGUAUGGUCGGACAUGACGUACCUUUGAAUCAGGGUUGUUUGAAGCCAGUACAAGUGGUAAUACCAAGUGGUUGUAUACUGGACCCGUCAGAGGGCGCUGCGGUGGUGGGGGGUAAUGUGCUCACGUCACAGCGCAUUGUCGACGUCGUGCUUAAAGCCUUCCAGGUAUGCGCGGCGUCACAAGGCUGCAUGAACAACCUGACGCUGGGUGAGGCCAGCUGGGGGUACUACGAGACUGUGGCUGGAGGCAGCGGAGCUGGUGUGGGGUGGCAUGGAUGUGGCGGAGUGCACACACACAUGACCAACACACGUAUCACCGACGUGGAGAUAGUGGAGACCAGGUACCCCAUACUGGUCACCAAGUUCUCUCUACGUCAUGGAUCUGGAGGCAAUGGUCAAUUCCGUGGAGGUGAUGGUGUGAUCCGCGAGCUGGUGUUCCGUCGCGCUGUUCAGCUUUCAGUGCUUACUGAACGCAGAGCCUUCCAGCCGUAUGGGAUGAAUGGAGGCGAGCCAGGAGCGAGAGGUCUGAACUUGCUGCAGCGAGCUGACGGAAGAAUUAUCAAUCUUGGAGGAAAAGCCUCCGUUGAAGCUUAUCCUGGGGAUAAAUACAUAAUGAACUCCCCCGGAGGCGGCGGCUACGGGUUGCCUCGUGAUCGCGACACAACAGACAUACAGACAGACAAACUGUACAGUGAAUUCUUACAGAGAGGCAGCGUUUAUGAAUAUAAAAGUGCGCAGGAGUCCGUUUAAAUAACAUAAUAGUUCCAUUGCAUGAACAUAUGCACAAAAAUUAUAUACUUUAUUGCAUAAUACAGUCAAACCUGGAUGAGCAAGAAACCUUUAUAAGUGAGAGUCAUCAGGACCCAACAGACGACCUCUAUAAGCGAGAAACUCGGGUUAGAGAGAAAACUGCAUAAGCGCGAAACUGGGUUUUGGAGAGAAAUUUCUAAAAGCAAGCAAACAGUGUAGAGAGAAACCUCCAUAAGCGAGAAUCUCGGGUUAGGGAAAAAACCUCUAUAAGCGAGAAACUAGGUUAGAGAGAAACUUUUAAAAGCGAGAAACUGGGUUUUGGAGAGAAAUUUCUAAAAGCGAGAAAACAGAUUAGCGACCUUCAUAAGCGAGAAACUUUGGUUAGAAACCUUUAUAAGCGAGAAAUAUAUAGAGGUACCUUGAACUCUUGCUUAUCCAUUUUCGACUGUAAUUAUUAUAUUGAUAUGUUUAAAGUAAAUAAGGAUAAUUUUUAUUAUGUAUUUCGGCAACGAUUUGAAUAUUUUAUUAAUAACGCGUUAUCAAAUCAAAUUUUUUAAACAUCGUAAAUCAUCACUCAUGAUAAAGUUCAUGAAAAUCACAAUUUUGCACAAAAUUAAGUUCAAAUGGAAGCUUUCAAUAGUGACAUAUAUUUUAUAUAU